AGCUACUGGGGAAAAUAGGCACAUACCUCCAAGAGAAAGAUACUUUUUUCGCAACUCGAUAAGUCCUGCCGAACAACUGGCUGUUACCCUUCGCUUUCUGGAAACAGGCGAAUCGUACACAAGUUUGCAAUACCAAUUCCGCAACAAUAAAGGUACUUUGUCAAUCAUUAUUCCUAAAGUUUGUAACACCAUUCCCACAUAUUGUUCGGAGUAUAUUGAAUGCCCAAGCACUGCUGAAUGGUGGGGAGAAAUUGCAGCUGAGUUUUACCAGCGUUGGCAACUACCGAACUGUAUUGGUGCAAUUGAUGGCAAGCAUGUACGAAUUGUCCAUCCUUGGUGUUCUGGCUCUGAUUAUUACAACUACAGCAUUGUGCUCAUGACUAUUGUGGGCCCUUCCUUGGAAUUCAUAUACGCUGAUGUGGGUUGCCAAGGACGUAUCAGUGAUGGCGGUGUGCUGAGAAACACCAAUUUCUUCAAAGCAUUAGAGGCAAACAGUUUGGGCAUACCAAACCCUAAAUCUCUUCCAACAGCCCCAGAAAAUCGCGGCCACGAAGACAAGGAUAGUUCUUGCCAAAUACCGCAUUAUUUUGUCGGCGAUGAUGCAUUCGCGUUGGCUCCAAAUAUGAUGAAGCCAUACCCCCAAAGAGCUUUGACGAAGGAACAACGUAUAUUCAACUAUCACCUAUCCCGAGCGCAGAGAGUCAGUGAAAAUGUGUUUGGAAUUAUGAGUGAAAAAUUUCGAAUGUUUCAUACGACACUUUGUGCUAAGCCAGAGAACACAGUUGUUAUCAUCCACUUCACAAUUUCCUGUUGA